ACCAAUCAGACGCCAACGCAGUGGCGGCUGCUGUAGGCCGACCAAUAGCGGCGCUGAGGCGUGCGGAUGGGGAGGGGCUUCCGCGGCUCCAGGAAGAUGGGAUAGACAGAAAGAUGGGCAGAUAGGAAAGCAUUUUUACUAUUUUACAUUUUUGAGUCAUUCAUCUUACGUUCUUUUCUUUGCCAGCAAGAAUGGAUGAAUGCUAACAUGACAGGAGAGAAAAAGAAGAAAAAGCGGUUGAACCGCAGCAUUCUUCUUGCCAAGAAAAUUAUUAUAAAAGAUGGAGGAAAUCCCCAGGGAAUAGGCGAGCCCAGCGUCUACCAUGCGGUGGUGGUGAUUUUCCUGGAGUUCUUCGCUUGGGGGCUUCUUACCACUCCCAUGCUAACGGUUUUACAUCAGACGUUUCCACAGCAUACCUUUCUGAUGAACGGGCUUAUUCAUGGAGUUAAGGGUCUGUUGUCCUUCCUAAGUGCCCCCCUGAUUGGGGCGCUCUCAGAUGUCUGGGGUCGCAAGUCUUUCCUACUUCUGACCGUCUUCUUCACCUGCGUGCCGAUACCCCUAAUGAAGAUAAGCCCUUGGUGGUACUUCGCAGUCAUUUCUGUGUCGGGGGUCUUUGCCGUCACCUUUUCUGUAAUCUUCGCUUACGUGGCUGACAUCACGCAGGACCACGAGAGGAGCACUGCCUAUGGUUUGGUCUCUGCAACUUUCGCUGCCAGCCUGGUCACCAGCCCGGCCAUCGGCGCGUACCUGUCCAGCGCGUACGGCGACACGCUGGUGGUCAUCCUGGCAACGGUCAUCGCCAUGCUGGACAUCUGCUUCAUCCUGGUGGCCGUACCAGAGUCCCUGCCGGAGAAGAUGAGACCAGCCUCCUGGGGCGCCCCCAUCUCCUGGGAGCAGGCCGACCCCUUCGCGUCGCUCCGGAAGGUGGGUCAGGACUCCACGGUUCUCCUCAUCUGCAUCACGGUCUUUCUGUCUUACCUUCCGGAAGCUGGACAGUAUUCCUGUUUCUUCCUCUAUCUCAGACAGGUCAUAGGCUUCACCUCGGAGACUGUGGCUGCUUUCAUCGCCGUGGUGGGGAUCCUGUCCAUCAUCGCACAGACUGUGGUGCUUGGGCUCCUCAUGCGUUCCAUUGGGAACAAGAACACCAUCCUGCUGGGGUUGGGCUUUCAGAUCCUGCAGCUGGCCUGGUAUGGAUUCGGGUCUCAGCCCUGGAUGAUGUGGGCAGCCGGUGCUGUGGCCGCCAUGUCCAGCAUUACAUUCCCCGCCAUCAGCGCCAUCGUGUCCCGCAAUGCCGACCCGGACCAGCAAGGAGUGGUGCAGGGCAUGAUCACGGGAAUCCGAGGCCUCUGUAACGGGCUUGGACCUGCGCUCUACGGCUUCGUCUUCUAUUUGUUCCACGUCGAGCUGAAUGAGAUGGACGCCGUGGACAGUCAAGACAAGGACACUAAGCUGAACAUGGCCAACCCGACUGACGAGAGUGCCAUCAUCCCAGGCCCACCUUUCCUGUUCGGGGCGUGCUCAGUGCUGCUCUCUCUCCUCGUCGCCCUCUUCAUCCCUGAGCACAGUAACCUCAACGUGCGGGUUGGCAGCUACAAGAGACACAACAACGGCACCCAGAGCUAUUCCCAAGGGCCGCAGACCGCAAGUGCAGAGGGGAAGGAACCGCUCCUGGAGGACAGUAGCGUAUAGCCGGGGUGGGGGCCGCUGGUGUCUCCCGUGGCCAGAGACUCGGUUGCUCGGACAGAAACGUCGGUGGGGUGUUUGGCCGAGCCAAGCACAGCUUCUGGCCUUACAUGGCGAGGAUCGGGAAGAGGGGCGAAGUCAGAGCUCGUAAAGACACACCGAGAGACCUGCGCACAUUUUGGGGGGGCCUGUACGCAUCACAAUUUACUCCGGUUUCUGGAAGCCUGGAGCUACACUUUGUGGGCUCUGAAUUCAGUUCAUUUAGGUUUGGGAAUAAAACAAUACAAUAGUUCAUGUUACACUUUUCUGCAAAUUUCCACCGGGAGAAAUUUUUGGCCAGUUCCAGAGUUCCGGAUUGUGCCAGAUUUUCACACAAACCGGAGUAAAAUGCGAUAGCUGCACAGCUGUGUAGAGGAUAUACAGUACAUGGUGAGUUUAUGUCCAAAAAUUCCUGCCCAAAGAACUAUGUGGAUUAAUAGUUUAACCAAAUGUAUUUUUAGUCUGAUUACGAGCUAUCCUGGUAAAGCUGUUUGAGCUAUUGCCAGUUUUGUUCUUCUUACCUGCCUCGUUGUAAACUGCAGUUACAUUUACAGCUGUAAGACAUAGAUGACCUCAACCACAAUAUAUCCUAUAAACGGUUUAGAGAUCCGCUACUGACCGCCAGAUCUCAUUUGAUGACUUUCCCUAACUAUUUAAGGCCUAGUGUACUGUUCAAAUUGUUGCUCUUUUUUGUACUUUCUGCCGGUUAGUUUGAGAAAGCAAUGAGACAAAGCAUGUCAAGGUCAAUUAUCAGUGGCAAAAGGCUGAUCUUUUUUAAUGCACCUGGUAUGUUUCCAUUUUCUUUAUUCUUAGCAACUCAUUUAACAAGAGAGUGCAAAUUUAACUGAUAGAAAAAGUUGCCUUUUAAAUCUUUUUAGUAUUACCCACCUGAAUGAAGAAUUAAAAUUCUGAAUAGGGUUAGUAAUGUCGAUGUCGCUCCCAUUGGAGCUAAUAUGCAUUUCAGAAUAUAAAUGUUUUAGGUUUUCUGUGUGCUUCUGUAACACCUCUGCUUUGGUACGGCUGGCAGCGCCACUCUUAUGAACAGGAGAUGCAGGGCCUAUCAGAGAGAAUACCAUGACUGUCAGACUGAUGAUUGGCUCAGCCAGUGAAGACACUUUCCCCAAGGACAGGCUCCUAUUGGUCAGUCCCCUGUUGGAGGCUGGGCAGUAUCACCCUACCGUUGUGAUAAGGGGGGUUUCCUGGAUACGUUAGAUGUUACAACAAAAAAAAAAGUAGGAAAUUCCUGGUGUGAAUUACAGUGGAAGAAAGAUUAAUGUAAAUGGAACAGUGACUGUUAAAAGGUGCGUGUGCCUCUGUAUGUAAAUAAAUGUUUUCAUGCAUUUAAGUGA